AUGUCACUACUCAAAAAGUUCGAGUCCCAAUCAGCGAGGGUAAAGGGUAAGUUUUUAUGUUCUCCGUGGACCUUAUCUUUUUUUGUAUUUUAGGGAUAUCCUUUCAUCCUACUCGACCAUGGGUUCUCACCUCGCUUCACAGCGGUAUAAUCCAGCUAUGGGACUACCGAAUGUGUGUAAUGCUAGAUAAAUACGAUGAACAUGAUGGUCCUGUUAGAGGUAUUGACUUCCAUUGUCUUCAGCCAUUGUUUGUUUCUGGUGGAGACGAUUACAAAAUAAAGGUAGUAGUUAAAUUGUGAACAGAUGAAUUAAUUAUCGUUCGUUUGUACUAAAAUUUUAUUUUAGGUAUGGAAUUACAAACAAAGAAAGUGCAUCUUCACUUUACUCGGCCACUUGGAUUACAUUAGAACUACUGUUUUCCACAAGAACUACCCGUGGAUUCUGAGUGCGUCUGAUGAUCAGACUGUUCGAAUCUGGAAUUGGCAGUCCCGGGGUUCGAUUGCCAUUUUAACUGGUCAUAAUCAUUAUGUAAUGUGUGCCCAGUUCCAUCCCACUGAAGAUCUGGUGGCCAGUGCUAGUUUGGAUCAAACUAUUAGGAUUUGGGAUAUCAGUGGCCUUAGAAAGAAGAACGCCGUCCCCGGAAUGGGAUCUGGCUCAGGCAGAGUUGGAUCUACACUCUCCGGGACCCAGACCGAUCUAUUCGGCCAGCCAGAUGUCAUCGUCAAGUACGUGCUCGAAGGUCAUGAUCGUGGGGUUAAUCACGUUGCAUUCCAUCCAACUAUGCCUCUUCUUGUUUCUGCCGCUGAUGACCGAUUGGUCAAGUUGUGGAGAUACAAUGACACCAAAGCCUGGGAAGUGGACUCCUGCCGAGGUCACUACAACAAUGUCUCUUCAGUUCUAUUCCAUCCAAAACAAGAACUCAUUUUGUCGAACUCUGAAGACAAAAGUAUUCGAGUGUGGGAUAUGCAGAAGAGAACUUGUGUCCAGACAUUCCGCCACGAAAACGAUCGCUUCUGGGUAAUCGCCGCUCAUCCCACUUUAAAUAUCUUUGCCGCAGGGCAUGACAAUGGAAUGAUCGUAUUCAAGAUUGAAAGAGAAAGGCCUGCUUAUACCAGCCAUGAAAACUUUGUGUUUUACGUCAAGGAUCGUCAGCUCAGACGUCUUGAUUUGACCAAUAAGUAUGUUUCUUUUUCAGUUUUUUUGGUAACAUCAACGGCAUUAAUCAAGUGUUUUUUUAUAGUCGUGAUGUAUCCUUGGCUCAGCUUCGCCCGACCAAGAUCACUCAGCCCUACUUCAGUUUGUCCUAUAACCCCGCCGAGAAUGCCUUUUUGAUUGUUAAUCGUCCUCAGAAUGUUGAGAACAGCACUUACGAACUGUUUAAAGUAAGAAAUUAAUAAAAAUUUCAUUUUUAAAUUUUUUAGGUUGCCAACGAAGAAGUAAAGGUUUCCGAACAGGGAGACAGCCGCCGAGGCCCUGGUGUUGCCACUGUUUGGGUUGCCCGCAACCGAUUCGCAGUCCUCGAUAAGAACCACAAUAUUAUUGUGAGAGAUCUGCAGAACAAGGAGAGCCGAAAGGUGGAGCACAACCUCUCAGUGGACGAAAUCUUCUAUGCUGGGGUUGGACUUCUUUUAUUGAGGACACCGGAUGGACUCCAGCUCUACGAUCUUCAACAGAAACGCGUUGUGGCAUCUGCUCGUGUCCCCAAGGUCAAGUACAUCAUAUGGUCUAAGAACAUGGAGCAUGCUGCCCUCAUCUGCAAGAAUACUCUGGUUUUGAUGACCAAGAAAUUGGAAGUUUUGUGCACUGUGCAGGAAUCGACCAGAGUCAAGAGCGGAGCCUGGGAUGAUAAUGGAGUCUUCGUUUAUACAACCUCUAAUCAUAUCAAAUAUGCUUUAACUGCCGGAGAUCACGGAAUUAUUCGAACUUUGGAUCUCCCAGUUUACAUUCUCGCCAUCAGGGGAUCCAAGUUAUAUUGUUUGGAUCGGUGGGUUAAUUUUUAUGUUGUAGUAUUGUUUUUCUUUAUAGGGAUGCGUCCCCCAUCGAAAUGGCUAUUGAUCAAACCGAGUACCGGUUCAAGUUGGCUCUCAUCAAUAGAAGAUAUGAUGAGGUCUUGAACAUGGUCAGAAACGCAAAUUUGGUCGGCCAGUCGAUUAUCGCGUAUCUUCAGAAGAAGGGGUACCCAGAAGUCGCUCUCCACUUCGUCAAGGACGAGAAAACCAGAUUUGGAUUAGCUUUGGAAUGCGGAAAUCUAACGGUUGCUUUGGAAGCCGCGAAAGUUCUGGAUGAUAAGGCCGUUUGGGAAGCUCUUGGAGAAGCCGCUCUGUUACAAGGGAACCACCAGAUCGUCGAAACCGCUUAUCAGAGGACCAAGAACUUUGAAAAGUUGGCCUUUUUGUAUUUGAUUACCGGAAAUUUGGAAAAACUGAAGAGGAUGACUCACAUCGCGAGAUCUCGAAAGGAUACUCAUGGAAACUUCCAAACCGCACUGUUCCUUGGUGACGUCGAGGAAAGAAUCAGAUGUAAGUUUGUCAAGGUUUUUUGAUCGAAUUUUCGUUUAGUGUUGUCCGAUGUCGGCCAAACCUCGUUAGCCUAUCUGAGCGCAGCCACGCAUGGUUAUGAUGAAGAAGCCGCCAGACUAAAGGUUGAGCUCGAAGCCAAGGAACAGCCAUUACCUCAAGUUGACCCUAAUGCUCGAUUAUUGGCCCCUCCACCCCCAAUUCAAAAGAUGGAUGAGAACUGGCCCCAACUGUCCAUCGCUGCAGGUCCCUUCGAUGCCCAGAUCUUGGCUUCUGGAGCUCGCGGAACUUCUUCAAACCAAACUGUCAGAGCUGCUCGUGCUGCUGCUCAGUUUGCUGCUGAAGAGGGCGAUGAUGAGCCUGAAGGGGAUGCUUGGGGAGUUGAGGGCGAUCUUCUUCUUGAUGACGAAGGAAACCCCGAGGUUGAUGAAGGCGAACUUACUCAAGAAGGAGAAGAAGGUGGAUGGGAGGUAAGUAAUUAUGUUCUGUGUUAUAAAGAGUCUUAGGUCGAUGAUGACGUGGAGCUGCCACCCGAGGUCAAGGCUGCUGCUAUUGCUGAUGGAGAAGAAGAAGGCCCCCCAGUACCUGGAAAUCCACCCUCGGCCAACUGGAUUAACAAUUCGAACAACGUUAUCGAUUUGGUCGCCGCAGGAUCGUUCCAUGCUGCUGCUGGAGCUCUCCGAGGUCAGGGAAUUGUUAAAGUAAAGCCUUUCAAGAAGAUCUUCCUCAAUGUCUAUGCCAGGUAAGUGUCAUGAAAGGUUUAAGUUUAUUUUGAUUGUUUAGAUCGCGGAUCGUUUAUUCUGGUAUCUCCCAAACACCCCCUCUGUUGGCUUACCCGCUAAGAAAUUGGGAAGAAGCCGGGCCAAAGAAUGGUCUCCCGGCCGUAGCCAUCAAAAUGGAAGACCUGGGACUCAGUCUACAGGUGGCAUAUCAAGCUACAACCCAAGGAAAGUUCUCUGACGCUAUUGUCAAGUUCCGGGAAAUCUUGCUGUCUGUUGCUUUAUUGGUUACAAAAUCGAAGCAAGAAACUCUCGAGACUGAGCAGUUGGCUGAGAUCUGCAAGGAAUAUCUGGUCGGUCUUCUGAUGGAAACACAAAGAAAACAGCUCAAGGCUGGAGAAGAUGACAAGAGGUCCAUGGAGAUGGCUGCUUACUUUACCCAUUGUAAUCUUCAACCUCGUCAUCAACUGCUUACCCUCAGAACGGCUGCAUUCCUUGCUUACAAGCAUGGCCUGAAACAAACAGCGGCAUCGCUUUGUCGCAGAUAUCUUGAACUUGGCCCCCCUCCAGAGGCUGCGGCCAAGAUCCGGCAAAUGUUGACAGCUUCGGAGCAACAAAACACAAACGCUUACAAGGUAGGAAUCUAUUGCUAUUCAUUGUAAUACUGCGUUUAGAUCGACUACGAUGAGCACAAUCCCUUCGUCGUCUGCUCUCGUUCCUUUACGCCACUCUACAGAGGACGGCCCCAAGAAAAGUGUGUCUAUUGUAAGGCUGCCUACAAACCCGAGUUCAGUGGAGAAGUAUGCGAUGUCUGUCAAGUUGGUCAGAUUGGAAAUCUCUGA